AUGGAUAACGUGAGAGUUUUCAAGCAACAGGCAAUGCUUGAUGAUUGUCAAAAACUUCUGGGUCAAAAAUACAAAUUAGAUAAAGCAGAUAAAUAUGGUAUCACACUGUUGCACAUUGCUGCUACAAAGUCUUAUGAAAAAGUUGUCCGAUUAUUAAUUAAUAAUUCAGUUAAUGUUGACGCUAUAGAUGAGACAGGUGCAACAGCACUUCACUUAGCAGCAAAACAUUCUCAGGGUUUAAUUAUAAAAUUACUUCUUGACGCCGAAGCGAACCCUUGUCUUAUAGAUAAAUUUGGACGCAAGCCUAGUGAAGUUGCACGUGAAACAGUUAUUCGUCUGGCAUUAAUUCGAGCUGAAGAAAAGUACAAACGAUACGAACAAAGUGAAGAUUCUUUAGAAGAAGAUCAAGAAAAUUCUCAAACAGAAGAUGAUGACAAACGAUUAUUCACGAUAUUGGAGUGA